AUGGAGCAUCCAGGCGGGUUCGCGUCCUCCCCCUGGGCGGCCAUGCUGGGGCACGGCAUGCAUGGCAUGAUGCAGCACGAAUACACGCACCCGCAUGCACAUGCGUCCAUGCCCAUGGAUUUGCAUGUCCCGCAAACUUUUCCCUACUAUCGGUAUCGUGAUGAAGCGCUAUGUUGGUCAGACAGGAAACCGACCGUAGAUGGAGUUAGCAAUGCAGCGUCUGUAAAUAGUCGAUACUAUGGCCAAGACAACUGCAUCCUAGAGUUAAGAAAAGAAAAAAGUCGUGACGCCGCUCGUUCCCGGCGAGGCAAAGAGAACUACGAGUUCUACGAACUAGCGAAGAUGCUGCCUCUCCCUGCUGCCAUCACGAGCCAGCUAGACAAAGCAUCAAUCAUAAGGCUGACGAUAAGCUACCUCAAAUUAAGGGAUUUUUCCGGACAUGGCGAUCCGCCGUGGAGUCGCGACACGCCGCCUACGAGUAAAACUUUAAAAGGUGCUCAGAACAGGCGGACGGCUGCAGGGCUUGCGAUGGAGCUGUUUGAGCAACAUCAAGGCACGCAUAUACUUCAGUCUCUCGACGGGUUCGCGUUAUCAGUAGCGGCGGAUGGGAGAUUCCUGUACAUAUCAGAAACUGUUUCUAUAUACUUAGGACUUUCACAAGUAGAAAUGACUGGCAGCAGCAUAUUUGACUACGUGCAUCAAGCUGAUCACGCGGAAAUAGCUGAACAGCUUGGAUUGUCAUUAGCUGGAAGAUCUGGUGCGGGCUUGAACAGCCCAGCGUCAGGUAGUGAGGAAGGGAGUCAGCAUGGGACUAAUAAUCCUGAUGUAUCAUCACAAAUGAGCCUAGCGGCGAGCGGGUCUCUCUACCGAGGGAUGGACAGGGCAUUUUGUGUGCGAAUGAAAAGCACCCUGACGAAACGAGGUUGCCACUUCAAAUCAUCUGGUUACAGGGUAGUACUGAUGCUCUGCCGCCUACGACCGCAGUAUACUUUUUCACAUAGCCGUAAGACUCCUCCAUCGCUCUUGGGUAUGGUAGCAUUGGCCAUAGCCUUACCACCGCCAUCGGUCCACGAGAUCAGAUUGGAGUCUGACAUGUUUGUCACAAGGAUCAACUUCGACUUCCGAAUAGCACAUUGCGAGCCAAGCAGGGUAUCAGAGCUACUAGGAUACACAGCUGAAGAGCUUACAGGGAAAAAUCUUUACGCUCUGUGUCACGGCGAGGAUGCAAACAAACUUAGGAAAUGUCAUGUUGACUUAAUGAACAAGGGUCAAGUACUGACGCACUACUACAGACUGAUGAACAAGCUGGGAGGAUACACGUGGAUGCAGACAUGCGCUACUGUCGUCUGCUCUUCCAAGAAUGCUGAAGAACAGAAUAUCAUAUGUGUCAAUUAUGUUAUAAGUGGACGUGAAUAUCCAAAUACAGUAAUGGAUUGCUGCCAGUUAGAAGAAAGUGUGCAAGGAGUAAAGCGAGAGGAAACAACGGGAGAUCCAGAAAACGGGCCUCCGGAUGCCGACGCACCGGGAGCCCCACCACCCCCUCCACGACACACCGCUGAAAGAACCGAAGCACCCACCAAUAAUGACUCCGCUUCAACAGCUCCACCCACAUCCGAUGUAACACAUCUAACGAGACUAAGCGACACACAACCCAUACCACUCCAUACGAACCAAGAAAGAACCUCCCCAAUGCCAGCAAGAAGACUGAAAAAGCGGAAACAUACCACAGACUGUGAAGAUGAAUCAGAAAAAGACGAUGAAAGGCGAAAAAGUUCUUCUAACCCUGGCGCUGCAAUAUCACCCGCUGAUCGCGAUAUGACCAAAGCAAAUUUAGCUCUACCAGAAACAUCUGAUGCCACAUCUGUUAGGGAUCUAGAAAACGCAAUGUCAAAACAUUUGCCAUCAGUUGCGUUGGAUGGGAAGGAAAUAUCGCAUCGGCCAACUGAUUUUUCUACUGAUGCACUUUUGAAACAGCAACAACAAAAAUCGACCAUCCAAUGGAUCGGCACUCAAAAUCACCACUUGAACCACCUGAAUCGUCAAAUACAGGGUAACCAUACGUCCACGCCAGCUUCAGCGUUACUUAGACAGCUGUAUGCAAACCGGGAAAGUGUUAUUAGAAGUAAUUUCUUAGGAGACGGAAGAACAGGAUACUAUUCCAGCGAUGGUCAAUCAGGACCCUUGCCAACGCCUCCUGGCAGUGAAGGCUCUGGUUAUGGUGAACAAUUAGGUCAUAAAGGAACAGACAUAGGAUCUCUGGCUUAUGGAGGAUACGCUGAUUACCACUCGGCGAUGACGCCACCAGGGUCAGUAUCUCCUAGAGACAAACAGCAAUAUACGUUGCCUUACGAUAACAGCGCUUAUUCCGAAGCGUUAAGACAUCCGUAUUUGGGCGAGGCACCGUUGCCAUUGAAGCCUCAAGCGUAUUCGGCAGUACCUGGUGCUUUGGACUACGCGUCGUCUUUGGACCAGUCUCAGUUCUUCCAUCCUCCUUCCUCUUUCCAUCUCUAUCACCCUCAAGCGCAUUCCGCUCAUGCAUCUCACUCGCAUCAACCAGUAGAUAAGUCAGCGCCACCGAACACUAAUUGGUAUUCCACCAGCUCAUAGCCAUGUUUACGGUAGUGACGAAAUUUUUGAAUAUUGAAGGAAUUUUCCUCGUAGAGUUGUGUUGUACGUUCGAUAAUUGUUUAUUUAUUGUUACUGUUUUAGAACGUGUUUUAUUUUCGACUUUAAGAUUUGAAUUUAAUUUCAUUAAAAAAAAGAACUUCUUACAAAGAAUAACUUUAAAAUACUCAUGAAUUUUUUGGAAAUUGUUUUUGCCUCAUGCAUGUGCCAAAAAUUUUUACAAAUAGUUUUGAACUACUUUUUGUUAACUUGUCUAUAGUAUGGUUACAAAAUGGCGUUUUGUACAAUUUACUUACAUGGCAAUCAAAUAAAGCCAAACAGUAUUCAGUUAGCGUGGUAAAAACGGCGGAUUAAUUUUACCCGCAAGCUAUAUCUAUAGCUUAUUGCAUAUCAAUUUAAUGGUUUUAAAAUUAAGCUUUGUAAAUUAUUGUAAAAUAGUUAGACAUUGUAUUUAGGCGAUGUAUUAAAUAAUCUUGUAAAUUAUAGAAUAAGUAUUGUAUAAUAUUUUAUUAUUCGAAAUAAGAUUUCAAUGUAAAUAUAUCGUGUAUUAGCUAUGACAGAUUUUUUUUAACAACGCUCAGAGACUUUUGUUAACGUUUUAAUUUGUAGGAAUUAAGUAGAAUUUUUAAUUGUAAUCCGUACUGAAAAUAUCUUCUAGAAUUUUCAUAUAAAAUAAAAAAUAUAAAUAUUAUGUAUAAAAUUCAUAUCGAAGCCUCUCUGACUAUUCCAGUGAUAAUGCUGAUGCCAAUGGUAGCUCAACCAACGAAUUAAAAUCGUUAAGUACGGAAAUUUAGUUAUAUAUUUUAAAUUAAUCACACGAUUCUACUUUUUUUAUAAUUUUACAUUAAAUACAGAGAGAAUUUAACUCAAUCUAAAUGUUGACAUUCCAUAAAGUAUUAUUUUUAUUUUAUUUUUUAUUUUAAGGACAAACGCAUGACAAUUUAAUACUCAUGUCCAUUCCAGUGUAUAAUUUUUUGUCUAUUUUUAUUAAAAUUAAAUAUUUAGGCGUCAGAUUAUGAUGACAAAAUUAAUAUUUAUGCUAUUUUAUUGUGCAAUAUGAGUGAAAAAGUUGUUCGUUAUGAUUUAAAGGCUUCGUUAUCGUAUCGUAAUAUAAGAUAAUCUUUGAAAUUGUAAUAAAGUUGUAAUUAAAAUAAUGAUUGGGUAUAGGCUUGUAUCGAAAUUAUUUGUUAUGUUAAAAACUCUUUUAUGAACUGAUUUUAUUUUUUAUUUUUAUCGAUAACGUGAACGAAAUCUCCAUUAAAAUAUUAAGAAUUUUCAA